CUCUCUUAUUCGUUUUCGUCGCUCGACUGAAACUAAAACUAUCUUGAUCAUGUCUGGAAGAGGCAAAGGCGGUAAAGGACUCGGUAAAGGAGGCGCUAAGCGUCAUCGUAAAGUUCUGCGUGAUAACAUCCAGGGAAUCACCAAACCCGCCAUUCGUCGUCUCGCUCGCCGCGGCGGAGUCAAGCGCAUCUCCGGUCUGAUCUACGAGGAGACCCGCGGGGUGCUGAAGGUGUUCCUGGAGAACGUGAUCCGCGACGCCGUCACCUACACCGAGCACGCCAAGAGAAAGACCGUCACCGCCAUGGACGUUGUGUACGCGCUCAAACGACAGGGACGCACCUUGUACGGUUUCGGGGGUUAAACACCGUAAACAACAAACACAGCGGCUCUUUUAAGAG